CUCUGUCUGGGGCUGUCUCUCUGUUUGUUUGCGUCUUAUCUAUAUUUGCAGAUUUUCGAGCCAAUGUUAGAAGACCGGUCGUUCAAACUCUGAAAAAAGCGAAGAAAACGAGAGAGGAACAGAAACGGAAUCUUACCUGAAUUUCGAAUUUUCGUCUGGUAAAGCUACUGAUUUUAGGCAUGAGUGGGGGAGAUCUUCUCAGCAUUCAACCUAGCGAGCUCAAGUUUCCAUUCGAAUUGAAUAAGCAGAGCUCGUGUUCUCUGCAACUCUCUAACAAGACGGAUCAAUAUGUCGCCUUCAAGGUUAAAACGACCAACCCCAAGAAAUACUGUGUUCGUCCAAACACGGGGAUCGUUUUACCAAUGUCAACAUGUGACGUUACUGUUACAAUGCAAGCCCAAAAGGAGGCUCCACCUGAUAUGCAGUGCAAAGACAAGUUCCUACUUCAGAGCGUGGCCACACUUCAUGGUACAAACGCCAAGGAUAUAACCCCAGAAAUGUUCAACAAAGAGGCGGGUAAAGUUGUUGGGGAGUUCAAAUUGAGGGUGGUUUAUGUUCCUGCCAAUCCCCCUUCACCAGUCCCUGAAGGGUCCGAAGAAGGAUCUUCUCCAAGGGCAUCUGUGCUGGAUAAUGGCAACCAAAACAACGUGUUGUUUGAUGCUAUUACGGGAUCUGGAUUGGAAGCUAACCACACAAGAUCUAUGGAAGAGCCUAAAGAUAAAUCUUCAGAGGCAUUGCCUAUGAUUUCCAAGUUGACUGAGGAGAAAACUUCUGCCAUGCAACAAAAUCAGAAACUGCGUCAAGAAUUGGAGUUUAUGAGAAAAGAAAUUAGCAAAAGCCGUGCUGGUGGCUUCUCCUUCCUGUUUGUGGUGUUGGUUGGUCUCUUGGGUGUCCUUGCCGGUUACCUUUUGAAGAAAACAUAGUCAUAACAGUCAGUCUUUCGUUGCCUAAAAGCUCACAUCAAUAUUUCGCGUGUUUAGAUGUUUUCAGAACAUUGUUGGCGGACCGCUUCGAAUGGUAUCGAUGUAAAAAGUGGCUGUCCAUUAUGUAUUAUUGUCUGUUGGUUCUCAACUCAUUAUGUGAAUGGAGAGUUUUAUUGUUCUUCCCUUUUUUUUUUUUUUUUUGUGAUUUAAGUUUGUAAACUUGAAUUAAUGAUUAAUUGAUGAAUCCGAGUUAGGAUCA